CAAACAACACACACUAAACCCCUCUCUUUCACUUUCUUCCCUGAGAAACCCUAAUUCGAUUCGACUAGGGGAAAGCAGUAAAAAUGGGAGGAAAGUGCCCCCAUAGAAGCGUCAAGAAGAGAAGAUACUCACACAAGACUCAUCGCCGCGACAAGUUUCUCAUUAAUGGUGAUGAUAUGGUAUAUGAUGCACUGAAGAAUCCAGAGGGAAUUAAGCCCUUGCCUGUUGAUGAAGACCUCCCUGGGAUGGGCCAGUAUUAUUGUAUACACUGCGACCGAUACUUUGCCAAUGUGUCCGUGAGAGAUGAACAUUUCAAGACGAAACGUCACAGGAAGCGUUUGAAAUUAAUGAUGGGUCCUGCACCACACACCCAACUCGAUGCCGACUUAGCUGGUGGAAUGGGAAUGCCAGAUAAUGGCCCAAAGCUUAUGUCCAUUUGAAGUGUGAACUAUCUGUUUUUAAGUUCAUUUGUUCUUUUUUGCUUUAGAACAUGCGGGCAUGUAAGGCUCAUCUAUAAUAGAAUCCAGAGUUUUUAGUAUAAAAUGCAUCAGUGAUUGAUCAAUUUUGUUUGUUGUAUUCUUAUGCUAUAUUACUUCUUAACUAAUUCUAGCGGCCGUUAUAUGCUA